GCUCCAGCGGCUGGCUCUGAAAGGCGCGGUGCGCGAGGUGCCGAGGGCUUGAGGCGAAGCUUGGCCUCUUCCCGCGCCGAGACGGGGGCCGGUGGCGGCUGUUGCGGCGGCGGCCCUCGGGCCGGCUGCUGGUGAGGGGAUGGCGGCGCCGGGCCCGGGGGCCGGGGCAGCCUCGGGCGGCGCAGGCGCGGGCUCCGGCCCCGGGGCCGGGACGUCCGGGGGACCUGGGGGCCGGUUGCCCAGCCGGGUGUUGGAGUUGGUGUUCUCUUAUCUGGAGCUCUCCGAGCUGCGGAGCUGCGCGCUGGUGUGCAAGCACUGGUACCGCUGCCUGCACGGCGACGAGAACAGCGAGGUGUGGCGGAGCCUGUGCGCCCGCAGCCUGGCCGAGGAGGCUCUGCGCACGGACAUCCUUUGCAACCUGCCCAGCUACAAGGCUAAGGUACGUGCUUUCCAACAUGCCUUCAGCACUAAUGACUGCUCCAGGAAUGUCUAUAUUAAGAAGAAUGGCUUUACCUUACACCGAAACCCCAUCGCUCAGAGCACUGAUGGUGCAAGGACCAAGAUCGGUUUCAGUGAGGGCCGUCAUGCAUGGGAAGUGUGGUGGGAGGGCCCUUUGGGCACCGUGGCAGUGAUUGGAAUUGCCACGAAGCGGGCCCCCAUGCAGUGCCAAGGUUAUGUGGCAUUGCUGGGCAGUGAUGACCAGAGCUGGGGCUGGAAUCUGGUGGACAAUAAUUUACUACAUAACGGGGAAGUCAAUGGCAGUUUCCCACAGUGCAACAACGCACCAAAGUACCAGAUAGGAGAAAGAAUCCGAGUCAUCUUGGACAUGGAGGAUAAGACUUUAGCUUUUGAACGUGGAUAUGAGUUCCUGGGGGUUGCCUUUAGAGGACUUCCAAAGGCCUGCUUAUAUCCAGCAGUUUCUGCUGUAUAUGGCAACACAGAAGUGACUUUGGUUUACCUUGGAAAACCUUUGGAUGGAUGACAGUGGCUUUCUGGGAUCAAAGACAGUGGAGAAGAAACCUACUCGUGGAAAGUAGCAUCAUGAAGUGACAAUGUCAUAUGUGCAUGCCCAAGAAACAUCCUGAAAAACAUGAAGUUGUCAACUGGAGAAGCAGCUCUACUACAGCAGAGAUCACCUUAGUGUUUCCUCUUUCUGCUGGGCCAGAAAAAUCCUCAGGGUUGCAGUUGGUUGAGUGGGCAGUUGGCAUAUGCGUGUUGUAACAGAUUCUGUCUCUAAGCUAGCAGUGUGUUCUUUCCAGCUUUAAGGUGAGUGUUAGAGAUGCUGUCAAAGGGAUAAGAUAAAGAAGUAGCAAGAUUUCAAGGCGGUGUGCUUGUGAAGAAAGAUGGAUCGUGUCCACAACUGCCUGCUCUUUCUCCAGUCCCCUUUCCAGCCAGCCUGACCAUUAGGAAAGUAUGAAACUGGUUGGGGUUUAUUUAAUAUUUUUAAUAUAUUGAGAAGCAUGGUCUGCCUGGACUGCACUUCUCUAACAAUGAGAAAUAAAAUUGUGCAGCUAUUUUAAAAGUUGUAUAUAUAAUAUGUGUGUAAAAAGUAUAAAAAAGAAAAAGGACAAAGAGGCUGCUUUGUUCUAGUUCAAUUUCUUAAAAACCACUAUAUGGUAUAAAAUUGAAAUAACAUUUGGGGACAGUAGGGUAGCCACAAAGAAGAGGAUUUUAAGAUGAGAUGUGUUGUAUUGGCUCAUUUUAUAUUAUUUUUGGCUUAAAAGUUUCCAUAGCUCGGUCUGGGGAUGUAGCUCAGUGGCGCUGUGCCUGCCUGGCAAGUGCAAGGUCCUGAGUUCGAUUUCCGGUACCAAAAGAAAAAAAAGUUCCCUUAGCUCUUACAGUUUGUCAUCAUUUUUUUCUUAAUCAAAAUUAUAAUAAAGAAUCCCUAAUCUCCUGAAGGAAGGCAAAUCUAUUUCUAAUUAUAUGUGUCAGUAAGGAUGAUCUAAACACAGUAGUACAAUGCACAUCUCUCAGUAUCAGGUUUUAUUUUUUGGCCCUUUGAGAAAAUGUCUCCUAACAGAAAAUGUCCUCAGUAUAUGAACGCUAUUAGGGAAUUCAUUAAUGGUUUUUAUUUUCUAGCUUUAUAGUGCUGUACAUAUUAUCAAAACUUUUAAUUUCAUAUUGUUUACAUCCUGCAAAACCCUAAGCCUCCAACUCUUCGUUGGUGUGAUCAAGAGAAUGUUUACUCAUUCAUCUGAAACAGUGCCAACCUGAGUCCAGGUUAAGAACAUUCUUAAUCUAGGUCACUCCCUCCACAGGACUUGAAAUCCAACAUCUUGUGCUGAAACCUUCAGGUUGGCAAUAUUUUGAAAGUUUCAUUGCAGAAGAGCUUAAUAUUACUUCCUAUUUAUAGUCUACCACACAUGAGCUGAGAUUUUUUCUUUUGUUAAAAGAGAAACAACAUCUUUCUGUUUGAAAGUAUACAUUUCAGUCACAUAAGAAUUGAUGGAGGCAAGUGAGAUUUUUGUACUUUUAAGAUUAUUGCCGUAUAUAUAUUUUGUUUUAAAUCUUAAUAAAAUUAGGGACAGCAAGCAGCUUGUUCCUUGAGAGUUAAAAUUAUCAGUACUCCUGUGAAGCAGGAGAUUUCAGCCAUAGAACAAAGAUCUGUUUUUGCUACCUGAAAGGUUUACAAGUAUUUAUUAUGUAUGUCUGUAGUUGGUCAUUUAAAAAGGUGAAAUUUGUUAAAGGUUCUUUUUGAUAUCCAUGUCAAGAAGAAACUUGUACAGAGCGAAACGAUACAUUAAAUGUAUUAGCGAAUACACAAGUUGAUUUUUCUUGGGGUAGAACAACCCAGUUUUGCAUAGCUGAAAAUUUGAUUGAAAAGAGAACUGGUUUAGGAUGAAGAUUAGUUAAAAAGUGAUCAAGUCCUCUUAAGUAUUUGUUGCCUUUUCAGGUUGUGGUAUGGCCAAUUUCCAGAGCUUUUGCUAAGAGUUUUGUUUAUAACUUCUGUUGUGUCUUGCUAGUAAACAUUCUUCUAUAACCACGUUUUGAAGGUGCUGAUUGGAAAACAGAAACACAUGGUUAUUCAUUCCAUAUUGAACCUAGGAUCAGUGAUUUCCUAAAUGUUUAACGAGCCAUUUUAUGUGAACGAAUUCCCUCCUCACCCAUUUGCAAGUUCUAUAAAAUGGGUGUUCACAGCAUGAGCAUCAGGGGAAUGACGUGAUGAGUGGAUUUGUCACUGGAGACGGAGAGUGGCUAUCCUCUCCGUUGACAAACACAUUGCUGCAUGUGCAAGGAGAUUCUUUUCCACUGGUGCUGAGAGAGCAGUUAGGUGAAAGACAGUCCACCUGAAGAUUAGUGUAAAUCCCCUACACACGGACCUCAGCCGUGGCUGUGCUUGGGAGUCACAUUGGAAAGUGUUUUUAAAAAUAUUUAUGCUUGGAUCCUAUGUCCUGAGAUUCUGGUGUUGGUCUGGGAUAUGACCUGGCCGUAAGGAUUUUUAGAAGACUUUCUGAUGCUUAGAGUAUGCCAUCGAGGGUGAGAACCAUUGAGCUAAAAUUCACUUAGACUUUUCUCAUCUGCAAAAUAGAGAAUUCUUGCUCCCUCCCUUCACUACCUCACAGGGAUAUUGAGGGUAAAGGAAAGAAUAAUGGGAAAGUGCUGUGCUGUGGAUGAAAAGUGUUUGUUGUGUUUUGGCUGCAACCAUGAUCAGGAAAAAUGUAUAAUUGAACUUGUGUUGCCUUGGGAAACCAGGAGCACUUCUUUGGUCCUCUAAUGAAGCUUGCAGAUGUGGAAGCAAACAUUACUGUUGUUCAUACUAGUCUUCUGUCGUAUUUGAGUUAAGCUGUUUGAAUUACUUGGUUUUACAUAGGAAAGAAAAAAUAAGGCUUAAAGUCUGUAAUGUUCAUUGGCUCAUAAUUAAAACUUUUCAUACAAGGAAUUCUGUGGCUAAUAGAUAUGAUUUAAUAGUUGCCAUUAUUUUUCCAUCUUUUGAGUUCUGAAUGCUAAGCCAUUUAUUUCAUCUCUUGCUCAUAUAAGUGUAAAUGCAGAUUUGAUAAAGCACCUGAAGCAAGUAGGUUUUUCCCAGUUGCAUACCUGAAAUCAUGGCUCACUGAUUAGAAAUCUUCUGACCUUUAGAUAUGAUUGACUGUGGAGUUUCAAAAAUAAUAAGACCUUAAAUCUUAACAAAUUAUAAUUAAGUUGCUAAAUGUUUACAUAGACUAAUAAUAGUACAGUAUUUAAAAAAUUAUUUUAAGAAAUGAACAGUUUGAAGAAAUAGAAGCUUAAGGAGUUUUACAGAUUAAUGUUGAAAAGGGCCAGGGAUUUAGCUCAGUGGUUCUAGCGCCUGCCUCGCAAGUGCAACGUCCGAGUUCAGUCCCCAGUACCAAAAAAAAAAAAUGUUGAAAAGAUUACUUUCCAGAAAUCAAGACCACCACUUGCUGGGGAUUUAGCUCAGUGGUUCCACCGCCUGCCUCAAAAGCACAAGGUCCUGAGUUGGAUCCUCAGUACCAAAAAAAAAACAAACUUAGGAAGACCAGCACAACUGGAACUGUGGUAGACAUGACCAUUUUGAAGCCUUUAUUAGGAAAGAACAGUCCAUACUCAACCCAAAUGCUGUUCUCAUAAAACAUUCCUCCAUCCCUCUAGCUGAAUAUAAUCUUUCCUACCUUGAAACUCCCCUACUGUGUGUGUGUUUGUGUGUGUAUUUAUUUAUUUAUACACACUUUUUUCAGUACUGGGGAUUGAGUCCAGGGCCUUGUGGAUGCUAGGCAAGCGCUCUACCACUGAGCUACAUCCCUAGUCCUUUUGUAUUUUAUUCUGAGACAGGAUCUCAUUGAGUUGUUCAUGCUGGGCUCAGACUUGCUAGCCUCCUGCCUCAGCCUCCUGAAUAGCUGGGAUCACAGGUGUGCACCACCAUAUGGUGGUGCACACCUGUGAUCCCAGCUCCUAGCUUUAUAUUUUAUCUAUACUUAACUCAUGCUGUAUGACUUUAUACUUUGUGUAAAUGAUUUCUAUUUAUUGAUUACUGAUUGGUGUCUUUGCUCCUUUGAGCUGGCACAGGACCUCUGAUGGACUGAUCUCUGCUUGCAAGGCUAAGCUCGUUGGCAGGGGCUCAGGUUUUUAUUGAGGAACAGAGAAGAACUAUGUAGAGAGACAAAAGCUCCUUUAAAGUUACAGACUGUAGAUAGGUCGAUGAGGAAAAUUCUGCCUGUCAUCCAAGCGAAGCAGGAGAAAAGGCAAACCAGAGGCUAGUGAAGAAGAAACAAAUGUGAAUGCAUUUUAGCCAUUCCCCUUUAUUCGCAAAUAUUGAUAAACUGAUUUUUAGUUCUUGGUGUACAUUUCAUAUAUGUUUAGAUUUAAAAUUAGAAUUCUGUAUUUUAAUUUUUUGGAAUUCUGUUGUUUUGCCUUAGUUUCCUAAUAAAAAGUUAUAAAACCAUAA